CCACAUACGACUCACGAGUUACAAGCCCCAACUCUCUCUCUCUCUCUGCAACCGAAACAAAAUUCGACUCUUCCAUCAUCUCCACCGUUAUUAGGGUUUUCUUAAAUAUAAAUUCAAAAAUUUCAAAACAUAUUAAUUGCACAUUGAAAAUUGAAAAUUGAAAAUUAGGGUUUGAUGUUGUGUGUAACAACGGCUUUAAUGUCUAAAAUUGAAUGGAGAAUUCUACUUCUACACUCACUCUCGUUUUCUCUUCACAGCCUUUCCUUUUAGCCUCUUCUCUCACUCUCCUUUCUCUUCUACUCGCUUUCUUCACCAUCCGAUCAAAAUCAUCCCUCAAAUCUCCACCCUCUGAUUCUCCUGCCACGUCACCUGCUCAUAAAAGAACCUCUAAUUGUUGCUGUUCGUGUUCCUGUCAUUCGGCGGUGCCUGUUUGCGCUCAUAUUAACGGCGGUGGUGAUAUGGUGGCGGCGGUAACGACGACAACGGAAAAGGGUGUUGUGGACAGGCAGACAGGCGCGUCGAUGAUGGAACAGUUAGUGCCGGAGAUUACAACACACGCGCUUAGUUAUUUAGAUUAUCCGAGUUUGUGUAGAUUGUCUAUGACUAAUUCUUUGAUGCGUAAAGCAGCUAAUGAUGAUAAUGCCUGGAAAGCUCUUUAUCACAAGGAUUUUACAUUGGAACAAGAUACAGUGACACCUGUUAAUGGAUGGAAAGCUUACUAUGCGUCUACAAGAGCCAUUGUAAAUGCCAAUACAGAAUUUUUUAACGUAAUUAAAGACAGGUCUCUUCAAGCUAUGAGUAGAAUUUGGCUUAAUGCGGACUACGUGAAGUGCAUUCACGCUUCUGGGGAACUUUUCUCAGGGUAUAAUGCUGUAAUGCAGAGUUGGCAGCUUGCAUUUAAUUGGGAGCAAGGGCUAGAGUUUCAGGUUCGGGAUGUGCGUGCCCGGGUGCUGACGGACAUGGCUUGGGUUACCAUGAAAACCUACUUUGACAUGGACACUGGGCCAUUUACUGUAACUAAUAUCUUUGAGUUCCAUAAUGAUCGAUGGUACAUGGUGCAUCAUCACAGCUCAGUUAUGCUCAUUGAUGGAGAUGUGGACCAACAGAUUGUGCAUGCAUAAAAGAAGAAAUGAUACCAAUGAUAAUUUUUAAUACUAGCUGGAAAUUAGUGGUAUUUGUUAGCAGGAGGAAGCUUCUUGAAUUUCUAUGAAUUCUUGGUAGGAAAUCCUUUCAGUCUUUCCAACCUCAGUUUUGGUUCUCUUUUUCUUAUUUUUAGGAAAAGCAGCGUCUCCUUAGCUCUCUUUCAUUGAUCUCUUUUUCAAUGUUAAUUCCCUCAUUUUCUUUCUGCUGUAAUUUUUUUAGUUUUCCCAUUUCUUUUCACUAUAUUCAUUUUAUACUCAUAACUAUGUUGAUAGGGAAGUGCCAACUAUUCAAAGUAUAGUCACUAUUUCAAGAAGCAAAUUCUAAGUGCAGAAGUUCACCAAUUAAAUGGAAGUCAAUCUUAGAAGAUAACGUUCUUCUUUUUUUUUUUUUUUAAUCGUUUUAUUUUGUAUCAUGAAGUGGACAGGUGUAAUAUCCUUUUUCUUUUUUUGUCCUUUUUACAUUGGAUUGUGAAGUGGACAGGCUUUAGAUGUGAGUUUUGAAUAUAUUUGCCUUUCACAA